GUGGGGGAUCUCAAUAGAUCUCCGUCGGUAGUUCGGACAUUCCAGUGUUGUGAGAUCGUGAGGAAUCCGCGUCGGUCGGACGUCACAGGAGCCAAAGGCCUUCAGGAGCCAUGACGGCUGACUCAGGGCUUUCGGCUGCGGGGAGCAGUACGUAUGCCUCGAAUACACUGCACGUUGGUGAUGGAACGUGGGACUCGCAGCGCGACACAUUCCUCCUCCCGAAUUUAAUGGGGAUAAACUUUGACACCAUGCGAUACAAUGGUAUGGGGAACCGUUUCAAAGAUAUGCCCGAGUACCACACCCUCAUCAUCGUCCACGGAGUCAUUGCAACAAUCGUCUUUCUAUUCCUUGUGCCUAUAUCCGUCUUGAUCAUCCGAUACUAUUCCCGAUGGAAUCCUUACUGGGCCUUCAAGCUGCACGUCUGGUGUCAGGUUUUGACAUUACUGCUUAGCACCGUCGUGUUCGUAUUCGGCUGGUUCGCUGUUGGCCCAAAGAGAAGCCUGACCAACCCGCACCACGGAAUUGGUCUUGCGAUAUACGUCAUGGUUGUUUUCCAGGUCCUGUGGGGCUGGCUGGUUCAUAAGCUUGAAAGGAACAAGAAGAGAUACCAUGUCCCCUUGAAGCUUGUUAUUCAUCGAUGGAUCGGCCGCGCUCUCGCCAUUCUAGGACUCGUUCAGAUACCGCUAGGGCUCACUCUAUAUGGCUCGCCCAAAGUUCUCUUCAUCCUGUACUCGAUUGCCGCCUUCGCCCUGCUAGUAGCGUUCUUCGUGCUAUCAUAUUUGUACGACACGGAGGGAUACCCAAUGGAGGGGGGAUAUGAGAGUCGACUCAGCUAUGUCUCGGGGCCUUCAGCUGCUGAUGAUCAUCGUCGCAGCAGCUUCGGCCGAAUGGCUACCGCAGGAGCUGCUGGGGCUGGUCUGGCUUCGCUCUUCAGACGUCGUUCGCGAGUCAAGGAUCACGAUUAUGACGAAUCCCAUACCAGCUAUUCAGACGAGAAGCAUUCCGACGAAGGCCCACGACGUGGUGGCACGGGAAACCUGCUCUUAAAGCUAGGUGCACUUGGUGGUGGUGCCUGGCUCGCUAAAAAGUUCUUUGAUAGGAGACGUGAACGAGACGAUGACACAGAGUCCGGUCGAUACAGCAGAGCCCAUACUCGAAGUGACAGUAUGACAGAGGAAAGCCUGAGCAGGCUGGAAGACGAGCGACGAGCGGAGCCAACCCAGCGCACUCCUCUCAACCGUCCGUCGAGUAGGCCUCCUAGUAGACCUCCCAGCAGACCACCAAGCAGACCUCCGAGCAGACCACCGACUCGACCUCUAAGCCGGCCGCAAAGCCCAGGCUCAUCGUACCUCUACGACAGCACCUAUCUUUCCGAGCGUCCCGAGCGGAAGCCAUCUCACGGACUCCGAGACGCCGUACUAGGUGCAGGGGCAUUUGCAGCAUUCAAGAACUUCUUCUCGCGUCGCAAGUCAAAUGCGGAACAACGUCGUGUGGAAGAGAUGCGUCGUCGGGAGGAGGAAGACGAAAGGUUAGCCAGAGCAGAGAGCAAGCGGCGGUAUCCUGGCGAGGCCUAUUACCCAAGACACGGAAGACCCCAUUCAUUCACUGCUACCGACCUUUCAACGGAAUUGACACGCCCACCACGUGGUCCGCCGCACGGCGAUUCCAUUGUCUCGGCAAUCCCAGCGGCAUCCGGAGCAAUCGGCGGUGCGCGCUCAGACAUACCACCACCACCUGGGCCACCCGUUCCACCAACACCAGCUUCAGAGUAUCCAGGACCAGCCCCUUCUGCACAUGGUCCCACCGAUCUCGCCUCGGGUGUAGCAGCCGGGGCAGCCGGAGCAGCCCUAGCCGAAUCGUCCACGCGUCAUCGCCGUCGCAGCAGUAGUCGACACCGCAGCAGCAGCCGCCACCGUGAUCCCAUCGCCUCACCCCCUGUAUCCGUCAAAGUGAAAAUGCACAAUGAUGGCCGCCACGUCACUCUUCGGAGAUUAACCGACGAAGAAGCCGCCGCCAGUCGCGAAGCGAGACGACGAGAACGAAGGAACUCCCGUCGUCGAGCCGGCAGCGCAAGUUCACUAUCUGGCAACGAAGGGGGCUCGUACGACCGAUGGCGCCGAGUCGAGGAACUCGAACGCCAGCAACAAGAACAGAUGCAACGAGAGCAGGCUGCCGCGGCGGCUGCUUCUGCCGCUCCCUCGUCAAGCAUGCCUCCUGCAGCAUAUUACGCACCACCCCCUCCCCAAAAUGGAAGCCACAUACCUAUGCCGCCUCCGCCUCCACCCCCUGUGCCAUCCAGCCAUCCCUAUGGAACAGGGAGUAUUGCAUCCCCUGGCACGUUCACCGGAACUGAAGCCAGCGGGGACUAUGCAAGCAACCGUCGACGAAGACGGGCAGAGAGAGCUCGUGCACGUCAAGACAGGCAACAGCAUGGUGUGGAAUUCACUUGAUGAAACGACAUGUUCUGCUACUGAAGCCAUGACCGCCCUUCUUCCUCUGUAUAGCCAUUUUGAUGAUUUCAUGCCGUAUAAUGUUUUGCUGUUUACGCUCUCCGUUUGACCCUGUUUCCUUUGAAUUUACCCCUUCAUGUCAAUCUUG